CAGAUCUCCCCGCUACCCUAGCGAGAAAUCAGGGCCCAGCGGCGUGGGGACACGCGAGGCCCAGCUCCUGGGCGCCACCACCAGCCGGGCCUCGCCCUGGAGCACAAAGUUUGAGGCCCGGAGACGCGGGAUCGGAUCCUGGCGGAGACCCGCGAGGCCACGUGGCCGAGGAGGCCGGGGGCGGGGCGGGCUGACAGCUGGGGGGACCGGCUCCGCGGUGCCCGCUCCCCGCUCCCCUCCCCCGGAGUGGGGGUGUGCACGUGGGGGGAGGGCGCCCGUCCCGUGUCUCCGGGAGGGGGGGGGAAACGCCUUUAAGCCGAAACCCCGCCCCUCGGUCGUCAUGGCAACGCCUCCCCCCCCCACCCGGGGCUCCCACAUUUCAGCCGGUGCUGGAGCCGCAGCGCCCGCUGCCACCCGAGCCUCCGGUUCCUCGGGCCCCGCGCUGCCCCCUCCUCCCGGCGGAGCCCACCGGGGCGCGGCUCCGACCCCUCCCUGCGCCCCCCCAGGAGCCUCGCCCCUGCUGGGCCUCCUCCCCCCAGGGUCCGGCCCCGCUCCGCCCUCCCGCCCGCCCGUCCACCUGUUUCCCCGUGUCGCGGCAUCCUGAUCCCCGCUGCGGUGUCGGGGCCAUGGCGGGUCUGGGCCCCGGCGGAGGCGACUCGGAGGGGGGACCCCGACCCCUGUUCUGCAGAAAGGGGGCUCUGAGGCAGAAGGUGGUCCACGAAGUCAAGAGCCACAAGUUCACCGCCCGCUUCUUCAAGCAGCCGACGUUCUGUAGCCACUGCACUGACUUCAUCUGGGGUAUUGGAAAACAGGGCCUGCAGUGUCAAGUCUGCAGCUUUGUGGUGCAUCGACGAUGCCACGAAUUUGUGACCUUCGAGUGUCCAGGAGCUGGGAAGGGCCCCCAGACGGACGACCCCCGGAACAAGCACAAGUUCCGCUUGCACAGCUACAGCAGCCCUACGUUCUGCGACCACUGUGGCUCCCUCCUCUACGGGCUGGUGCACCAGGGCAUGAAGUGCUCCUGUUGCGAGAUGAACGUGCACCGGCGCUGCGUGCGCAGCGUGCCCUCUCUGUGCGGCGUGGACCACACCGAGCGCCGCGGCCGUCUGCAGCUGGAAAUCCGGGCUCCCACCUCGGACGAGAUCCACAUCACUGUUGGUGAGGCCCGUAACCUCAUUCCUAUGGACCCCAAUGGUCUGUCUGAUCCCUAUGUGAAACUGAAGCUCAUCCCAGACCCUCGCAACCUGACAAAGCAGAAGACCCGGACUGUGAAAGCUACACUCAACCCCGUGUGGAACGAGACCUUUGUGUUCAACCUGAAGCCUGGGGACGUGGAACGCAGGCUCAGCGUGGAGGUGUGGGACUGGGACCGGACAUCUCGAAACGAUUUCAUGGGCGCCAUGUCCUUUGGCGUCUCGGAACUGCUCAAGGCACCUGUGGACGGCUGGUACAAGUUACUGAACCAGGAGGAGGGUGAAUAUUACAAUGUGCCGGUGGCCGAUGCUGACAACUGCAGCCUCCUCCAGAAGUUUGAGGCCUGUAACUAUCCCCUGGAAUUGUAUGAGCGAGUGCGGAUGGGCCCCUCUUCCUCCCCCAUCCCGUCCCCGUCCCCCAGCCCCACAGACUCCAAGCGCUGCUUCUUCGGGGCUGGCCCUGGACGCCUGCACAUCUCCGACUUCAGUUUCCUCAUGGUCCUAGGAAAAGGCAGUUUUGGGAAGGUGAUGCUGGCCGAGCGCAGGGGCUCCGACGAGCUCUAUGCCAUCAAGAUCCUGAAGAAGGAUGUGAUCGUCCAGGACGACGACGUGGACUGCACCCUCGUGGAGAAGCGCGUGCUGGCCCUGGGGGGCCGCGGUCCUGGGGGCCGGCCUCACUUCCUCACCCAGCUGCACUCCACCUUCCAGACACCGGAUCGCCUGUACUUCGUGAUGGAGUAUGUCACCGGCGGUGACUUGAUGUACCACAUUCAGCAGCUGGGCAAAUUUAAGGAACCCCACGCAGCGUUCUACGCAGCAGAAAUCGCCAUUGGCCUGUUUUUCCUUCACAACCAGGGCAUUAUCUACAGGGACCUGAAGUUGGAUAAUGUGAUGUUGGAUGCAGAGGGGCACAUCAAGAUCACUGACUUCGGCAUGUGUAAAGAAAACGUCUUCCCUGGGACCACAACCCGCACCUUCUGCGGCACUCCAGAUUACAUAGCUCCGGAGAUCAUUGCCUACCAACCCUAUGGCAAGUCUGUUGACUGGUGGUCAUUCGGGGUCCUGCUGUAUGAAAUGCUGGCAGGACAGCCACCCUUUGAUGGUGAGGAUGAAGAGGAGCUGUUUCAGGCCAUCAUGGAGCAAACUGUCACCUACCCCAAGUCCCUUUCCCGGGAAGCCGUGGCCAUUUGCAAGGGGUUCCUGACUAAGCACCCCGGCAAGCGCCUGGGGUCAGGCCCAGACGGUGAACCCACUAUCCGAGCACACGGCUUCUUCCGCUGGAUUGACUGGGAACGACUGGAGCGAUUGGAGAUCGCGCCCCCGUUCAGACCGCGCCCGUGUGGCCGCAGUGGGGAAAACUUUGACAAGUUCUUCACGCGGGCGGCGCCGGCGCUGACGCCCCCAGACCGCCUGGUCCUGGCCAGCAUCGACCAGGCGGACUUCCAGGGCUUCACCUACGUCAACCCCGACUUCGUGCACCCCGACGCCCGCAGCCCCACGAGCCCGGUGCCCGUGCCCGUCAUGUAACCUCCCUGCCGCCGCUAGGUGUCGCCAGCGCCCCGCCGCCCUCGUUCUCCACCCCGCACCCCGCAUUCAGCCUCCGCCCCCGGGGUUCGAGGCGACCCCUGAGCGUUUCCGGCACUUCAGACUCCACGCGGCCUGGAGCCGCACGGGUUCGAGGCUCUGCCCUGCCCAGCCCCGUAGUCCCCAGGUCCUGGUCCCUGUGCCGGCCUCCUCCCUGCCAGGCCCGGCUAGACCCCGCC